AUGGGGACAGAUGGAAGCCCAGCAGUGAAGGGGUGCCACCUUCUUGAACAGAUCCUGAGAAGGACAGGGAGGGUCGCCAAACCUCAUAGGACCGGCUCAGCAUCCACAGUCCCCGCCCCGGGGCCAGAGGCUCUGGGGCUGAAGCUGGCUCUGUCGUUACUGGUGCAGCUGGAGAGGGAAUUUGCUUUGAAGCCAAAGGUCCAGCUGGCUCCAGCUCAGCAGCGGGCCCUGGGGCUGGAGCUGAUGUUGGCACUCACUCCAGCUCCACAGGGACUGAUGGAGGUGACAUUGGCUCCGGCCCUUGCACAGGUGGCAGAAUUAGAGCUGGAGCUGGCGCUAGCCCGGGGCUGGUCCUUGCUGUGGCGCUGGCGCUGUUUUCCCAUCACCACGAGCCACGGGAAGGAUCGAGGCCUGGAGCUCACCCAGGAGCUCCCAGCCACUCAGGGUUGUGUGCGGAAGGACAGUAGUGGCCAAGCUGAAAAAGAUUCUGGGCUUUCAAAGGAGAUGGAGGAGCUGCACCUGUCCACCUGUCCCCCCGCGGUCUCCUGGGUUGAGCUCUGUAGAGACACUGUCUGGUGUCCCGCACAGGGACCAGCAACACUAGAGACCGGCCUGGGCAUGACCGCAGAGGCAGGGCCCCCCGCCGUUGUCUCCCACCCCAGUGCGCACACACAAGAAGAGGCGAGGGCUGAGCGGCUGCCCAUGGGGGAUCACAGCGGUGGUCUUACCUCGACUGGCCUGCCCUGCGUGGCCAUACGUUACCAGAGGUUACAUGCUGCUCGAGGAGCGCGGGUGUUGGAGGGGCGGUCAGAGCCACUGUCUACAGAUUUGGUGGCCUUUGAGGAUGUGGCUGUGAACUUCAGUCUGGAGGAGUGGGCCUUACUGGAUUCUCCACAGAAGAAACUCUACAGAGAUGUGAUGCAGGAAACCUUCAGGAACCUGGCCUCCAUAGGAAAGAAAUGGGAAGAUCAUGGCAUUGAAGAUCAGUACAAAAAUCAAAGGAGAAAACAAAGAAAUCCAACAUUAGAGAGAAUCUGUGAAGGGAAAGAGAGUAGUCAAUAUGCGGAAAACUUCAGCCUUAUUCCAAAUCUCCAUCUGAAGAAGAAAACUCCUCCAGGAGGAAAACCCUGGGAAUACAGCAUGUGUGGGAAAGUCUUCAUGCAUCAUUCAUCCCCUAAUGGGCACGUCCGAUGUCACACUGGACACAAAGCAUGUGGUCAUCAAAAUUAUGGAAACAAACUAUAUAAUUAUGAUGCAUGUGAGAGAGCCUUCAGUUAUCUUCAGUGUUUUGACAAACGUGAAAGAAAUCCCAAUGGAGAAGAAGCCUAUAAAUGUAAGGAAUGUGGGAAAACCUUUAGUUCUUCAAAUUCAUUUCAAAUACAUGAAAGAUCCCACACUGGAGAAAAACCUUAUAAAUGUAAACAAUGUGGUAAAGCAUUCAGUUGUCUCAGUUCUCUUCGACGUCAUGAAAAAAUUCACACUGGAGAAAAACCCUAUGAAUGUAAGGAGUGUGGAAAAACCUUCAGAUAUUAUCAAAAUUAUCGAAGACAUGAAAGUAAAUUUACUGGAGAGAAGCCCUAUCAAUGUAAGGAGUGUGCAGGAGUCUUCAUAUGUUAUCAAAGUUUUCGAAAACAUGAAAGAAAUCACAGAGAAGUGAAACCAUAUGUAUGUAAACAAUGUGGUAAAACAUUUAGUUGUCUCCGUUAUCUUCGAAAACAUGAAAGAAAUCACACUGGAAAGAAACCCUAUGAAUGUAAAAAGUGUAGUAAAGCAUUUAGGUAUCCCAGUGAUCUUCAAAAACAUGAAAGAAAUCACACUGGAGAGAAACCCUUUGGAUGUCUGGAGUGUGGGAAAGCCUACAGAGAUCCCAGUUCCCUACAAACACAUCAAAGAACCCAUAUUGGAGAGAAACCCUAUGAAUGUAAGGAAUGUGGAAAAGCUUUCAGUUCUCAUCAGUGUGUCCAAAUACAUGAAAGAAAUCACACUGGAGAGAAACCCUAUCAAUGUAAAAUAUGUAGCAAAACAUUUGGUUAUCCCAGUUCUCUUCGAUAUCACAAAAGGACGCAUACAGGAGAGAAAUCCUAUGAAUGUAAGGAAUGUGGGAAAGCCUAUAGAUAUCUCAGUUCCUUACGAAUACAUGAAAGGAUUCAUACUGGAGAGAAACCUUAUGAAUGUAAGGAAUGUGGAAAAUCCUACAGAUGUUAUCAAAGUUUCCAAACACAUGAAAGUAAUCACACUGGAGAGAAACCCUAUGUAUGUAAAAAAUGUAGUAAAGCAUUUACUUGUCUCCAUUAUCUUCGAAAACAUGAAAUAAAUCACACUGGAAAGAAACCCUAUCAAUGUAAAAAUUGUAAUAAAACAUUUAGGUAUCCUAGUGAUCUUCAGAAACAUGAAAGAAAUCACACUGGAGAAAAACCCUUUGAAUGUAAGGAGUGUGGGAAAGCCUACGGAGAUCACAGUUCCCUGCAAACACAUGAAAAAACUCACACUGUGGACAAACCCUAUGAAUGUAAGGAAUGUGGGAAAGCCUUCAGGUGGUAUCGAAGUUAUCAAACACAUGAAAGAAAUCACACUGGGGAGAAGCCAUAUGUAUGUAAAAAAUGUAGUAAAGCAUUUACUUGUCUCCGUUACCUUCGAAAACAUGAAAGAACUCACACUGGAGAACCCCAUAUAUGUAAGCAAUUUGGAAAAGUCUUCAUUUAUCACACAACCUUUCAAAAUGUGAAAAUGCACACUGGAGAAAAACCAUAUUAAUGUGCAGAAUUUGGGAGAGGUACACUUUUCCCAGUUCCUCUCAAGAUCAUAAAAGGACUCACUGGAUAA